GAUCUAAGAAAGAAAACUGGUUUCCCAGUCUAUCGAUCAGUUGCGGAGUCAUCAUGCAGCAAUGACAAGACACAUUCAUUGACGACACUAUGCGACACAGGGACAGAACCUUAUAAGACAGAACAGGUUCCGCAGCAUCAUUCAGAUCUCACUUUAGACCACGAAAUGGCAUUGUUGAGCAAAGAGAUGGAAAAAAUUCAGUUAGAAUGUGAGUCUCUAGUUAAGCGCCACCUACAAAAAGAAAAAAGAAUUAGUUGCUCAGCAAUUGGCUCUGGAGUGUUAAAGUCUUCUAAUGAAGAGUUACUGAAAAAAGAAUGUGACAGUUCUAGGCUGUGGCACCACGCUUGUAGGGCCGUAGAGAAGCACUACGAGAAUUAUGGAUACGAAGAAGAAGAACGGGAGAGAUGUUCUAGCUCAAGUGCAUACAGCACCGGCGACAGUUCAACAUAUGCAAUAGUUUUGGAACGUACCGCUAGAUGGUGCCCCACACCAGGGACUAAAAGGCCUUCACCCAAUCAAGAGAAAUCAUUAGCGGGCGCUCAACCUUCUUACGUUGUAAGCGGUACGAGUGGUUUAACAAACGAAAAGAUGAGACAUCUGGGGUCUUCUUCACAAGAUUCGCUCGUGAAACAAAGCCCAACUUCCAAAAAUGAUCUAUCAAUGCUUCUUGGGAAAACAAUGUAUACCGACAGAACACACUUACGUCACACCAUCUGGUUGCAGCAAGAACUAUUUCGUCAGGCUUUGCAAGAAAACACCUCGCAAAGCUGUGCAUCCUUCCGAGACAGUCAACACCGGACAGACAUGCGCAAUAGACUAACUACAUCUUAUCCACAAUUCGGCGAUAUUUUUGCGGAGAGAGCACUGCAAAACCACUUUCUGUUUGAAUGGAGGUUGAAAAGUCGACCAGAUGGCGCUAGAUAUAUCACCCGUCACCCAAUCCGUAACCGCAUACUUCGAGAACGUUCCCUAAAAAUCAUGGAGGAACGGUGUGGACUUACAACAGAUGACGACACCGUGAGUGAAAUGAAACUUGGUCGCUAUUGGCCAAAAGAGGCAAGAAAGCGACACCUACAACAAGCAAAAGAAAGAAGAAAACGGGAAUUAUUUUUAAAAACCCACCAGGAACGAGAACCAGAAAUCAACAAGGGAUCUUCUUGUUCAGACGUGGUACAGAAAGACCAGAUUAAAACAGUUAGAGCUGAACAGAAAGAUAAAUGUUCCCGUCAAUCACCACUCCACAACAG